GGAAAUCCUUCAGUAAGAGAUUCAAAUGACCUCAAACAGUAGGCCUAACUGUGCUGCUAUUCUAAAAGAUGUUGUUGCCUAUGUUGACGUGUGGUCAUCAAGUAAAACAGAGAAUUACUCUAAACCAUUCAUCCAGCAGCUGCAGGAUAUGGGAGUUGAGGUAUCAAAAACCUUCAAUAAACAAGUCACCCACGUAGUCUUUAAAAAUGGCCAUCAAGCCACCUGGAAUAAAGCCAAGAAGACGGGUGUGAAACUUGUGUCUGUCCUUUGGGUGGCCAGAUGUAAAGAUGAUGGUGAACAUGUUAAUGAAGAGUUGUGUCCGGCAUUAAAUGAUGAAGUCAAUCCAGCACUCAAGAAAAGGGUGCAUCGUUGUAUGCAGCCAAGAGACACCCCUCAGAGGACCCCUGAGAAUGACAGGCGCAUGAAAAAAAAACUGGACAAGAUGAUCAAAGACCUAGUGCCAAAAUCACCUCUUAUUACAGAUGUGUCCCCUUACAUUAUCGACGAAGAGAAUGGAAUAGUUUACAGUCCUUCUAUGAAAAGGUCUGAGUCCAUGGCACAGCGCCUGAAAGAAAUGAGAGAAAAAAGGGAAAACCUCUCCCCGACAGCUUCACAGAUACAAUCUAGGUUAUCACCUGAGCUCAAGCCUCCUCUUGGGAAUACACCAUCCCGCUCUUUUUUGCAACAACUGUAUGAAGAACCGGAUGAGGAUUUUAAUGCAUCUGUUGGCUCAAAUAAGACAGAUGGAGAGAAGCAACAUGAAGACACCAUAGAAAUACAGCACAAGAAAUACUUUCAGAAACCUUGGAUGUCACCUUGCAGUGUUGUGCCGAGACAAAAGACAAGUCCGUUACCCAAUUCACCGGCUAAAGAAAAAGCAAAUAAACAAGACAAAAAUCCUAAAAGGACCUCAGUCAAAAGUGAUGGCAUCAAGAAACACAGGUCUUUAGAGAGUCCAUGCCUGGAUGACCUCCCGGAGGGUAGCAAGAGUGUGCAAUCAGUGUUUACGUUUGACAGUUUUGUAGUGGGAAAAAAUAGACGAUCAACCAGCAGAAGUAACAUGUCAAAAGUCACACCACCUGUUAGAAAAAGCAGAACACCACAGUCUCUUCCAGAAAGUAAGCCAACUGUUAAUCUGGACAUUUCUAGCAUUUCUAGUCGCCGUUCUUCAAAAAUUUUACCAGAAAACCCCAAUGUGCCUCAUCAAACAUCCGUAAAGAUGACCACACUGAAAUCAAAAGUGAGCCAACGUAGAAAAUCCUUGCUUCCUGCUUUGGCAAGAUCUUGCACUGUCUCAAAUGACUCUCAUGCCUCCUGUGCAUAUGAUGAUGAUGAUGAUGAUGGGGUAUUUGAGGACUUCUUCUCUCCAGCUAACAACCCGCGGAGACAACAAAGUCUCCUUUUGCCCUGCUUGCCCUCAGAUUCGAAGGUUCUUGUUCCCUUUGAACUGGAGCCUCAGCCUAGCCCUGGGAAGAGGAAGAGGGGCAAGAGUGAAACCACAGGGUCUGAGUCAGCCAGUGCCAAAAAGAGAAAACAUGGGGUGCCAAGUGUAAAAGAGUCCAGCAGUGUAAGCAGCAUGUUGUCUCAACAUGAGCACCCACACCAGGAUACAAAAGGACUUGCAUCCUCAGAGGACAAUAAUACAAAACAAACUGUGACUAAAAGAAGUGCACAAUGCACAUUGCCGUUCUCCAGAUUGCCUAAAGACUCAACCGAUGAUCUGACUUGUGCCCCUGAGAAGCAGAGCGCGUCAACAGAUCCCACACAACUUUCAAAACCAAAUUUGACAGCGGCCAAAAAAUCACUAGAUAAGCCAAACAGUUCAUAUAUCCUACCUCGGCACAAGGACAAUAAAGGGAAAAGUAGCCCACGUUUGGAAAUUGUAGGCAGAGGAACUGCAUAUGCUGCAACAGCUGGUGUCACGGACACAAUUUCUGACAAUUUAAGCAAACAGAAAGGACAAGUCAAUGUGGUGGAGAAGAGCAUGGACAAAAAUACAAAGACUCUAAGGACAUUAGUUAUGACAAGCAUGCCCACCGAAAAGCAGCACACAGUGGCCCAGGUGGUCAGAGCUCUGGGUGGGUUCUCAGUGGUGGCCCAGGUGUGUGAGAGCACUACCCACGUGGUGUCAGGGGGCCACCGGCGGACCCUCAACAUUCUCCUGGGCAUCGCCCGUGGCUGUUGGAUCCUCUCUUUUGAGUGGAUUUUGUGGUGUUUGGAGCAAAGACAAUGGAUUCCAGAAGAACCAUAUGAACUUUCAGAUCAGUUUCCAGCAGCAUCUAUCUGCCGUCUGCAGCAGCACCUGUCUGCAGGGGAGCACCAGCAGGACCUCUUCCUGGGUCAGCCUGCAAUGUUUGUCUCCCGGAACACCCAGCCCCCCACCCACAGCCUGGUGGAGCUCAUCCAGCUGUGUGGGGGCACAGUCUGCAAAACGGUCCGGCAGACAGGCCUCUGCAUAGGGGAGUACAACGGCAAGAGACCAGAAGGGAGCAGGAUUCUCUCCGAGCAGUGGGUGCUGGAUUGUAUCACACAUCUCAAGCAACUUCCAUAUGAGAAGUAUGACUUGGAAUGGAAGUCCGGGUAAUUUGAAGUUGGACUCAAACAUGGAGAGAACACACAUGGAAAUCGUUUUGGCUUUUUUUC